AUUAAGCUGUGAAUUUGCAAAGCAUGCAGACAACAAAAACAACAAACAACAAAUUUACAUAACUCGAAAACAAACAAUAAUUAAAAAGUACGCAAUAAACGGAGAAAGCGAAGCAUUGGUUCCAGUUCUUCCCUUUGGAACCUUUCCUUUGGCCAAUUCCUUCCCUCCAUCGAUACCGCUCUCUCUCUCUCUCUCUCUCUCUCUUCCCCUCCCCCUCAAGUCAAAGACCUUAAACCCCACGCCAGCUAGCAAUUAAAUAGCCAUAGCUUCUGCUUCAAACGCUCACUUCACUUUCCUCUCAAUUAUACCUCUGCAAAUUAAUAAACUGAAUCAUGGUGCAAUUUGAAGCCGUGCCCCAAACCACCCACCAAAGUAUCAAUGCACUACAGCCGAAAGAUGCACGCAAGAAGCCCAGGCUGUGUAUCAACGACCACGCCGAUGUGCUAGUGGAGAUUCUGAAAAGGCUCGACGGCCGCUCGCUCGGCGUCGCCGCCUGCGUCUGCCGCCUGUGGCGGUCCAUGACCCGGAACGACUCUCUCUGGGAGCACCUCUGCUUCCGUCACGUCCACCCACCGCCGGCGGCCGUGAGGCCGGUGGUGGCGGCCCUUGGCGGCUACCGGCGGCUCUACAUGGUGUGUGUGCGACCGGUGCUCAGCCGCCUCGGGCGGCGGGAACUAGGGCGAACCGGCGGCGGCGGCGACUCGGAUCUGGUCGAGCGGGUGUGGACUCGGCACGAGGUGCAACUCUCGCUGUCCUUGUUCUGCGUCGAUUAUUACGAGAAGUUAGGUGAUGCGUCGGCAUCGUCCCUCACGUUCUUGUGCUAGCCCGUGAUCGUCAGAUUGGAUGACUUUUGACUUGGACAUGUCGAAAUAAAGCGUCUGAUAGGCGCUCUGGCCGCAGUGGGUUACACACAAAAUAAAUUAUGACCUAUUUUAUGUCAUAGUAUCGGCGGAGGCAGAGAAAUUUUCUUCUUUAAUUUAUUAGGUAUUGUUAAUGGAGAUGGAUUUUUUAUUCUACA